GCUCCUCUGCUCUGACGUUAAUCCGUGACGCAGGUCCGCCCUCCAUCACCCGUCGAGCCCACUGACUGAAAACACCACCUAGAAACCGAGCGAGCCCUCACGAUCCAUGGAAAUAUGUAGCUAACUGGUGGAGGCCCGCGUAUUUCGACAACAAGGGGUUCGGUGGAGCUGGUAAGUCAAAAUUCUUAUCGUUGCUCUGAUAAAUCACUGCCAUUGUAACCGCCGAGAUUUGUGUGUGUGUGAGCGUUAGCUAGCUAGCCGAAGAGAAGAGCUAACGUUAGCCUAGCCGAGAAGACGGCGGUGAUGAUGGCGGAUUCAUCCCGUUAUUCUCUAACACGGCGAUGUCAACCUAUUUAUAUUAUUGUAUUUCGGUGUGUGGUUAACUUUUGAGACUGAAUUUAACAACCUGGUGUUUGAGUCUGACAUGAAUGUGGCGCUGACUUGCUCUGAAUUGAGCUCAACAUCGAAAGAUUAAAAGGCCGUGUUGGCAAAUGGAUGAUAGCGCUAGUGAAGUACGUUUCACAGUCGAGCUUUGACUCGUAACAGUGAAAGUAGCCGCAGUGCUUGCCAACGAAGUAGUUUAACAAGAAACCAACUUCAGUUUUUAGAUUGAACGCUACACUUACAUGUAUGUUAAAUUCAAUUCAAUCGGUUUUUGACCGUGAUAAAGCAUUUAUUUAAGCAUGUUUGGGUUUAUUUGGAUGCAGCGACCAUUUAAUAACAGAUCCAUCCUCUCAUAAUCGCGACGUUGACGGUUAGCAUGCUAGCAAUAAAGCUAAUACAUCUGAACCUCUGUCUCCGCCAGAGCAGAUACAUGGAAAGCUACCAUGGGAGGCCAUGAUGAUGAAGACAUGUCAUAUGUUGUGAACAAACAAAAACAAGAUGAAGAGCUGAAGAACAAGCUGAACGACAGCAGCCACUGGGGCGAUCAGGAGUCCACGGGCAACAAUGCAAAGUGGGUGAAAGAAGGCCGGAACCUGCUGCGGAAAGAAGCCGAGAACCAGCAGGACCAGGACCACAACUGCAACAUCAGCCAAAAUGGGAACAAGGAGGACCCCCAUCAGACCACCACUCAGGAAGAACAACAGGGAAACGAGGAGCAGACCAAGUCUCCCAAAACAACACUGAGCCCUGGUCUCAAUCAGGAGGAGUCCAAGAACAUCCUGAAUGAUCCGCUCCUCAUUGACACCCUGGAGUCCACAGAAGAGAAGGACAAGGAGAGAGAAGAGGAUGGGAAAGAGAAGGAGACGAAGUCAGAUGAAGAUAGGGAAACUCCAGAUGAGACCAGAGGGGUCACAGGAGAGCAGAGGAAAGUGGAGUCCCACAGGGAGGGCGGCGUGGUGGGGAGAAAUGCCUGUCUCCUGUUUUCCAACAUGAACGGGUCACCGAAUGAGGAAGAGUCCAGCUGGCCUGCAAUGUCUCAGGAUAACACCGCCGACAGCUCUCCCAACGGAAACAGAGGUAAAAAGAGAUAUACUGUGUCAAGGUUAAGACCACAUACAAUUGGAAAUACACUAAACAGACCACAUGAACUUAGAAGGAAGAUAGAUGCAAAGAUGCAGAAGAAUCAGAAUCAGGAAUAAUAAUAAUAAUAAUACAUUUUAUUUGUAUAGCGCUUUUCCAGGAGCUUAAAGACACUUCACUAAAACAUAACAAAAAGAAUAAUAGUAACAAGCUAAAAAUAAGGUAAAAUCGAAUAAAAAGAAUACAAGUGGGAGGGGCAGUUGUGAAGGGCGAGGGGGGGCCAGGUCGUGUUAAAGGUGUUAAAGGUGCGGAGGAGGAUCUUGAAUUGAAUUUGGUAGGCAACAGGAAGCCAGUGGAGUUGACGGAGGACGGGGGUGAUGUGGUCGUAUGGGCGGGUGCAGGUGUGAAGUCUGGCGGCGGAGUUCUGAAUGUGUUGAAGUUUGUUGAGGGUGGUGGAGGGGAGACCCUAGAAGAGGAAUACUUCAAUAAUCCCCAGGGGGAAGUUGCUAUUUAUUACAGUAACUCCAGUGCAAAUAAAGUAGAAAGAGGAGAUACUUUAUAGAUAAAGUAAGUCAAAAUGAAGAGAUAAUAUACAAGUGUGUACACUAUAUACAACACUAAAUAGUUAAACAGUAUGCAUAUUAACAGCACCACUUGCCAAAUUGCAAUCAAAUACAAUGAGAGAAUAUGCAGAGCGCACUGAGUGAACAAGAAGUGUAGAUCUAUGAUUGCAACUCUUAAUAGUGGGAUGCACAAUCUUAUUGAUAUAAUAACCUAUUGGUUAAAAGAAGCUAAAAAAAAAGCAUGGCUGUCUGGAAGUAUUUGAAGGGCUGCGAAGAGAAAGACAAAUAACUAAAUGCAGUGCUUGUAAAACAGGUGAUGAAACAGUCUUCAUGCAGCACUAUCAAUUAACAAGAACUGUAAUCCUGAAGGGCACCGAGAGUUUGUGGAAAAGCAGCUACCAGUCAUUUGAUAGAGUUAAGAAGAAAUGUUUCGACCGUAUUUAUGAAUGUUUAUAUCACUGAAAUGAGUGUCUAUUUUUAUCAUUCAGACAUUUGUCUUGCUUUAUGUCUGUAUUUGAGGCACACUGUUACAAUGAGACUAACAGAUUAUAUAACAGGAGAGAUUUGGUUUUCUUCUCAGUAAUAAAAGUGCAUGUACUGAUAGUAUUGGUAUUGACCAAAAUGGGUUUGAAAUCAUCAACAAAUCGAAUCAAAUGUGCUUUUUAGGAGAGGUUAUAGAUGAAUGAUGAAUAUGUACAAAACAAAAAUCUGUUGGGUGUCUUUUAGGUUUGUAAUGAAAUUGUUUAAAAAGCCUAUUUUUAAAGAUAAACUCAGGCAUGUUGUGGGGUUUGUUUUCCUUUUUGUUUUUCUCUGCGUGUGAACGAUUUAUUUCUGUCAUUCUAAAAACUGCAUCUUGUUUCUUUGUCGCUUCCAAGUCCUCCAGAAUGGGAAGGUUAUUUUUAUAAGUAAAGAAUCACAGAGAGAGCCCGGGGCCCUUUAUCUUACUCCUAUAAUCAUAAAAUGAGCCUCUGUGUCCUGUCCAUUAAACGUUCUGCUGUUUUAUUGAUCUGGACAGUGGGGCUGAAACAGAGAAAAUAAGAUGCUCUGUUUUUGGUGCAGUGUUGUUGAUCUGGAGAGUCAAAUAUUUAGAUUUGUGAAGACAGUGCGGUCUCUUUUUCGUAGCGUAAUCAUGCAGUGGUACAGUUGUAAGUCAUCAUCUAUUGAAGUUUAAUGUAGCAGAAAAAAGUAUAGUUGUUUAAGUGAAGUGACAGUCUAAGCAGAGUUUAGAAAUAGCUCAUGAGACACUACACAUGGUCACUGUGAUUUAUUUCUCUCCAGCCUGACGUUAAACAUUUCCCAUGUUUCUCCUUCUAUGACCCCCGCUCCUUUCAGAGUCCUUCUGGGAUUCCAGCGCUUUUGAGACCGACACGGACCUGCCUUCAGGAUGGAUGAGGGUGCGGGAUACAUCUGGCACAUACUACUGGCACAUCCCCACAGGCACCACCCAGUGGGAGCCUCCUUCACCCCUGGGGAAAGUGGGCGACUCCACCAUGUCCUCGACCAUGUCCCUGGAGACGACGCCCUGUGAGGAGCCCGAGGUAAAGACCGAUACAUGUUUUGGCUGAAUGAGGGGAGAGAACAGAAGGACAUGUGAACAGUAAAUUCUGUCUGACAUUUAGGAGUCCUGGACUCAGCUUUCCAGCACAGAAGAAGGAGCAGGUGAAGGGGAGCUGUGGAAGGUAAGUCUGUCUGGCAAGGACACAUGGAAGUGAACUUGGAGGUGGUGAUAAUUUGCCCGUAUCUACUUUGAGGCGACAACACAUGAUUGUGGAACAUAUCCACGUUGCUCAUGGUCAAAUCUGAAGGUCAAGAAUACGUGUAAAAAUCCAUCAGACCGCCUCACUUGCUUAUCUUUGCUCCUCUUACUCGAGGUAGUGAACAUUCUUAUUGUUAAAUGUUGUCUUUCUACAUUUACAGGAAGAAGAAGAAGCAGAGGUCGCAUCUGAUCAGAGUCUGAAGGAAUUUGAAGGGGCAACUUUACGCUAUGCAUCCAUCAACCUCAAGUAUGAGCUGUUUACACUUAAAUGUUGAGUUGAUGGUGGGGAUGUCUGUAUGGAAGCAUCUGUGUUCAUUUUCUGUUUUGCCCUUCAUCAUCGUAGUUACAAUUGCUCCCAGUCUGAGGAAGAAGAGAAGCUUGCUCCACUCUGCACAGACAUAGAAACUAAGGUAAAGAGACAGACCUCGUAAACAGAAUAACUCUGAAACAUCUCCAUAUCAGAUGAUAAUAUGAGGUAUAAUACUAUAAUACAGUAACCUGAACAAGCAGGCCUGAUCAUUGCACCACAUUCUUAGUCCUGUCUUAUCCUCAUGUACCGUGUCUUUGCCCUGUCAGUGUUUUGCGGUGCGUUCGCUGGGCUGGGUGGAGAUGUCUGAGGAGGACAUGGCUCCUGGCAAGAGCAGCGUGGCCGUCAACAACUGCAUCAGACAGCUCUCUUAUCACAAACACAACCUCCACGACACCGCCGGGAUCUGGGGAGAGGUGAGUGACGUUGAAACAGAUAAACCGUCGCUUUCGAACAGGAAACUGUCAUCAUCGUGUCUAACACAUGAAGUCAGAUUUUUAAAACAGAUAUACUAAAAACUAUAUUUGUCUUAUAUGUGAUUAAGUCUGGCUGCUGGAAGCUAUUGUGACUUUGUGCUCGUCAUGGCAGGGUAAGGACAUGCUGAUGGUCCUGGAGAACGACACCAUGAACCUGAUCGACCCUCUGGGCCAGACUCUGCUGCAUACUCAGCCAAUAGGCAGCAUCCGUGUGUGGGGUGUUGGUCGGGACAACGGCAGGUCAGUCUCAACAACGCACAACCGUCAUUUUUACCAUCCUAACCAAUAUUACUUUAAAUAUUAAGUAUUAUGCAUUUCUUUUUUUUAAGUGAAGGCACCUUGAAAAGCCUUUUUUGUAUGUUUUCAUUAUAAUGGAUUUAUCCUCUCAAAUUUGACCCUCAGUAGAAUUCGUCCUUCCUGACUCUUGUUCGCACAGCUGCUCUUUUCAUUGUAGUUUAAAUAUUUCUCCCCGGUCUAAAUCAGCAGCUGAUACCUUUUUAAAAUAACUCUCCUGUAUUCAUGACUCAUUCAUGACUCACAGGUUUGGCAUCCUUUAAGGAAUCUGUAAUGGCAAGCUCAGUGCACUCCUUUUGUUCAGUCGUUUUGUUGUACUCUGCUGCCCUCUGCUGGAUUGUUAAAGGUAUUGCAGACAGACAGUUUCUCUCUGUAUUCUAACCACAUGUGUUCUCUUCCAUGCUGCCUCUCAUCACAAACAGGGAAAGGUACACGUCAAUACUUACACUCUUAAAAGCUUUAUUGUCUGGUCCUAGUGUUAGAUGUUUGGUGUGUGUGUGUAUUUGACGCGUGUAUCUGCUGAAACAGAUUCUAAGUGUGAAUGUGACCUUUUCUAUCCCAUCUCUCCUGCAGGGAUUUUGCUUAUGUGGCUCGAGACAACCUGACCCAGGUGCUGAAGUGUCACGUUUUCCGCUGCGACUCACCUGCAAAGAACAUAGCCACCAGCUUACAUGAGAUGUGUUCAAAGGUCAGCCUCCGGUGGAAUUAAUCUCCUUUCAUUAUGAAUUCUACACAACGUCUGGGUUCAUCACCAGCUUUGAGUUUCCUGCUUAAUUUACGAUUGUUUUUCUCGAUGUUAGAUAAUGAUGGAGAGAAAGGCAACCAAGCCAGGGGUGAGCAGGCUCAACUCUGACCCUGGUAACCACGGGAUCCUCCCAGUGGAAGGUAAAACUAAGAGCAUUUCAGAGCUUACACGCCUUUUUUUUUCAUCUUUGAAAAUCAAAAGGUAGUAACAAUAUUUUUCUCAUUUUUUCAGAGUUUCCAGCUCCAAAAAACGAACUCUUCCAGCACUUCCAGGUUUAUUAUCUUGGUUGCGUGCCCGUGGGAAAGCCAGUGGGUAAGAGUGAUCUUUGAAUUAUAUCACACUUAGACAACAUUCAUACUGCACUGCGGGCUGAAGUGACUCAAAUCUGUUUUUUAUGGCAUUCAGAGCAUCACAUGUCACAUGGAAUCGAAUCUGUUCAGAUUAGAUUUGAGCCACAGAUACACGGUCCUGAAAUACAUGUAGGUCUGUUUUUGCAGUGCAGUCUCAGUCUGAACAGGAGGGUCAGUGAGGCGGUAGACCUCAUGAUAGAUGAUCAGCUGGCUUCUGCUAAUGCUCAUCCAUUUAAACAUGAAAUCCUAGACUUAAGAGAUCGCUGUGUUUAUUUCUGCCGCACAUGUGGGUCAGUUUGAGAUUCACGUGGGAACCCGGGGCAGGUCAUGUAAAAGUAACAUCAACAUCAAAAUAAACAAAAUAAAGACUCAAAAUGUUCUCCCCUCCUCAUACAGAUGUUCUCGUUUCUCCUCAGGUAUGGAAGUAAUCAAUGAUGCGCUCGAGGUAGCAAUCACCGGCAAAGAGAAAAGCGACUGGACUCCUGUGUCUGUGAAUGUCGCUCCAGCCACCCUCACAAUCCUCUCCACACAGGUAACCAACAGAAACUCUGAAGGAUCCUGAUUUCAUUUCAAUGUCCAAGUGUCACGACCAGCACACUCUGAUAACAUUAACUCCUGAAUUUUGUGUUUCAGAACGAGGAGGUGCUGUCAGAGUGCAGGGUGCGUUUCCUGUCCUUCAUGGGCGUGGGCAAGGACGUCCACACCUUCGCUUUCAUCAUGGCCGAGGGUCCCCGAGACUUCACCUGCCACAUGUUCUGGUGCGAGCCCAACGCUGCCAGUCUGAGUGAGGCUGUGCAGGCUGCCUGCAUGGUGAGUCCUGAACGCACACAUACAUACACAGAUUAAUAACACGGCAGGUGUGAGCAGAGUAACGAAAACACAGCAGGAUUACAGCUCAGAUUAAAGAGGGCGCUGUGUGAAACGUUGAUAAAACACAAUUUGAUGGUUUGCAGUUUAUUAAGAGGCAGCAUUUGAUUGAAAUCACUGCAAAGGGAACAUAUGUAAGGUGACACUGCACUAAAACACAACUCUACAGUGGAAGUCUCUGCAUCAUGGGCUCAAAAUCCCAUCUAAAAACCAUCGUCUUUGAACACAGUUUGCUCCUACAUUCACAAAUGCGGAUAAGAGGAAACCACAUAGAAGCCUGAUCCAGAACCAUGUGAGAUGGACUGAGGUUGACAGUGUUUUUGGAAAUCAUGGACUCACUCCAAAGAAGUAAAUUUCAGAUAAUUGAUCAGAAAUCCUGGAAACUAUGAGUCUCGUUCUUCGACUCCCUCUUCAGCCCUGGUUUUAAAGAAGAUGGAGAGAAAACUGUUUUACUCCUGUCUCAACUUUUUGGAGUCCCUAAGUUUAAAGCUUAAGGGGAACAAAUGUGAUUCAGAGUUGUUUACAUGCACCAGUCAAUGUUUUGAUUUUAGUUUGGGCGUCUGUGAUACAUAAUUUAUGGUGUGUUUUUUUGUGUCUUUUUUUAGCUCCGCUACCAGAAAUGUUUGGAUGCUCGUCCGCCCAGCCUGGCCUCCUGCCUGCCCACUCCUCCCGCAGACUCGGUGGCUCGCCGGGUCAGAAAGGGGGUGCAGAGUCUUCUGGGCAGCUUCAAGAACUACAGGUCAGGCUCUCAAUCCCCCUGAGCUGCAGAGAAGAUGAUCCACAGUCCAUUAAACACAAGGUCCAUCACCACGGUCUCACUUCCUCCUCUCAUCUUUCUGCCACAGUUUUGGCCUUACGACCGUCUCACCUGUCUUUCCACGAGUCUAGUGUGUGAAGUAGUUUGUGAGCAAAACGUGUGUCUGAAAAGAUCGUCUCCUUUUUUUUCUGCUUUUUUGCUUUCUCCGAGUUAAAAACCCCCUCCCCCUUUCAUCCCUGAACAGAAGCAUCUCUUCCUUUGACUCUGCCGGGAAUCUUUCUUCUGUGGGUCUUAAACUAUUUUUGUGUUUUAACAGAAACAAUGAUAUGAAUGUUUGAUUUGGAUGUAAUUUUUUCAUGCAGAUGCUCGAAUUUGUUGAAAAAGAGGUUGCUCGAUUUUCUCACAGAAAUGUCCUCCUUCGCCCUUGUCCCCCCUUCGGUGCGAGUACCGCCUCUCCACUCCUCCUUUUUGUACUGUUUUAGAGAAGGUACUGUAACACAGCUGUCCGUAAGCGUCACAUAACCCCAUAUCACUUCUCAUAAACAUCAGCACGCCUCUGUCCACCACCGUAGGAUGUGAUACAAACGCUGUAGGCGUCUCCGUAUAGUGUGCCACGUAGUUCAACUCCCCCCUGACCCUCCUCAACAAUGUAUUUUAGUCUUCCAAAGAGCUGUACGGCCAUCUGUCACAUAGUGAGCAACACUGAUCUGAGUGUAGUGUGUUUCUCAUACAUUCUGCAUGAACAUUUGCAAGUUCAGUGCUAGUGUGCAAUAACCAGAUGUUCCUGUAUGGUGUGGUGAUUAUCUGUUCACUUUAAAUGCGAGUCUGGCUGGAUUGAGUGUGAGGCUAACGGAACAACAGAGCCAUGUUGAAAAUUAUUUUCUUCUGAUAGAAAUGAUAGUAAUAAAUAAAAAAAAUCAAAUAAAAAUCAAACAAAAAAACUCUGGGUUUUCACACAGCCGAUUACCACCAACAACGACUUAAUAGUACUGUAGAAACUCACCACAGGCUGCAUGUUUCUAUAACUACCAGUUCUUGCUGCUUCUCGGCAGCUUAGUGCUUAAGAUCCAUCAAUGUAACCUGUAAAUUCUUACUCUGUGUUCCUGUACGGUGCGGAGAGGCUGGAGGUGAUGUGUUGUUUCGUGUUUCUUAGGCAUGUCACUCUAGUUAGCGUCAGUGUUUAUCAUAAGCUAGCCGUAGAAAGGUAGACUUUCCAAACUGAGAAUAUGAGAGCAGGUAGGUGUUUGUAUUUACACUUCUUUGUGUACAUGGAUUAAAAAAAAAGAAAACCUAGACAUCAUCUCUCCAGUGGUUUACAUUUUUCUGUUUUUCCUCGUUUUGGACACGUUUGGGCCCCGCCCCUCCAGUUAAUGUGUUUUUUUUAUUGUUUUCACUCACAGUUAAGACUAAGACGACUCUCACUUUAGCGCGUUAGAUUUACUUUUUUUAUAAAGAACACACUAAAUAGACAAGUUGUAUUUUAUCUUUGUGUGUCUGUCGGUGAUCAAUACUGUAUGUAGCACAAUAGUAACGUCAUCUCUAAUACUGAAGAUGCAGUUUGUAAGACUUUUGGGUCUUUUGAUCUCCGCAGGGCCGUUCGCUGGGCCGUGUUGUCAAAGCUUACAUCAAAUAUACUCAGACUAAAUCUGUCAGAGCUGAUAAAUGUGUCGAUAUAUUGUGAAAAAUGGAGUUUAAAUGUGUUACUGAUACAACGUUGUAUCCUAAAAAGACAAUGCAGCUGCAAAAGGCGAACAUUAUACUCAGUAAUAUCAUGCUGAUAUUUUAAAGAUUUUAAUCCUUAUAUUAAAGUUUUGUUUUGAUUUUUUUUUUUUACUUUUUAGAUGUUCUGUAUCAUAAAAAAUUCUAGUUUUUAGUAUUUUUACUAUAUACUGAUGUCAGAAUUACCCGAAAAGAGAGAGAUUUGGAAUUAUGAGACUUCUUAAACAUGAAGAAAAUGAAAUGAUAACCUUCAUUUGAAUCUAGUGUAUACUCAGAGAUUUGACAUUAUCGCUCUGUAAAACCGUCACUGAGCGGCGCUCGCCUUCCUCAAACUUUAUAAAUCCUGGAUUAUUCUGGAAAGUUUGAAACACUUGAGAAGUUGUCGAACACUGAAACUCUUACCAACUGCUUCUUUGUGUGUGUGUGUUUGUAAUGUAAAACACUAAUAAUGAUGAACUUUAGACAACAUUGACUCAUAUUACUGCCUUGUCACUUCAUGUGUCACUUGUUGGAACUAUUUUGCGUUCUCUUGUUCAAAGUUUGCGAUGUCCAGUCGAUGGCAACACUAAAGCCGGAUGAAUUAAAGAAGAUUAGCAGAUUAAUUUAUUUCUGUUUAUGUAAAUUAGGUGUAUAAAAUGUAUGUAUAUAAAAGUCACUGCACAAUAAAUGUGAACAUAUCAUACCCUUUUA